GCAAUGGAGCACCGGUGAAAGUUCCCAAGAGAAAGCUGAAAGAUGAGGCGGUGUCAACGGUAGAGUUGAAAGAAUGGGGUGACGUUGUGACGCUAGAUUUUGUGUUUCCCGAAGACCAAAUGGAUGAUGACUUUGUCAUGAAGAUGCUCACCGUGAAAGACGUCUAUACUAAUUUCAUUGGUGCGUAUCCGGUAGACACGAGAUCUGAAGUCAACGUCAGGAAUUCCCUCGAGUUCUUCAUGGGCGAUAGAAAGAUCAAACUGUUGUGUGGAGACAACGCUGAGGAAUUUGAGAAAGCCGCUAAUUCGAUGGAAAUCCCAUUCGACAACUCUGUCCCUAACCGCAAGCAAACCAAUGCCAUUGUUGAAAGGAAGCUCAGCACCAAGUUUGGCCCAGAUGCGGUUACAGGAGUCUUCGCCGGAUACGUCACGACCGCAGGCGAAAGUUGGAGAAGAGAGUAUUUGGCGUGGUACGGCGGCACGGCGGGUGAUGGUAAUAUUUAUGUUGACGAUGAUGGGUACAAUGUCAAACUUGACAAACUCGGUCGGCGCUAUAGGGUCAGAUCCGAUGGGGUCAGAGAAGUUCCCGCAUCAAGACCUUUGGGAAUUCCUCCAGAAGCUUGGGCUCGCAUGAGUGAACGAGAGAAGGAGGAAGCAAUCCGAACCAGGGAUGCUGUUGAACGGAAAAGCAAGGCCAAAGCGGCCUCCAAAGCUGCGCCGAAGACAAAGGUCGAGGGCGAAGCUGCAGGGGGCGAUGCUCCGAUUGAGUCCGAAGAGAAUGAAUUUGAGGGAUAUUCACCUGAUGCUGAACCCUCAGGAUUCCCCUUAGACCCCGAAGCCGAGGAAGUUGAGCGGUACGCGCGGGAGAGGGGGGUUGAGUCGGAUACGGAGACCGAGGCUGAACCCGCAGCACCUGGCGUAGAGGUGGAGAUAGACCAUGAUAAUGACUAUCAGUUCUAUCAUGAUGGCUUUGAAGUUCCGGAAUGGGAAGAAAUUGCCUCAGUUCAGGAACACAAUGAAAAGAUCGCGAAAGAAGAAGAAGAAGAGAUUCUGGAAGCGAUUCUCUCGAGGCUGGCGUUAGUGUCCAGACCGGUAGGGAGAAAGGAAAUGCUUGCGAACCCGAAAGCCAUUGAAGCUGUUAAGAAAGAAUGGACUGGGCUCAACAAGAGGUGCUGGGAAUUCGAAUCUACGAGGGAGAAGGAUGAUGUUGCCAGGGAAGCUCGUGAAUCCGGAGAAGAGAUACAUUUCGCCAGGGCUCAUACCAUCAUGGUUGAGAAGCAUCGCAUUUUGGAUGAGGACGACCCUAGGCGUAAGUUCAAG